UGUGGCGGCAAGUGUAUUGUUUAGAUUCGAUCUUGUUUUUACUAUAAAAUUGUAGAAUUUCCAGGUUCACAUCAUAGUCAAAGCUUCAAGCUCCAAUUGAUCAGUUCUUUCAAGUCCAAAAGAAAAUCUCAAUUCUCCUCUCAAAAUGAUGAAAUUCGCUAUUGUUGCCGUUGUCUUGGCUCUUGCCGUUGGUACACAAGCUUCAGUUAUUCCAUGGGGACUCGGCCUUGGAUUGGGACACACUCUUGAUGUUGCCGGACAUGGUCUCUCAUACACCGCUGUCUCUGGACCAGCAGUCAUCUCGCCAUGGGGACUUCCAUCUGUUGCCGUGCAUGCUGGUAUUCCAGCUGCUGUCGCUGUUGCCCCACACGCUGUUGCCGUUGAUCCACAUGUUGUUCCCGGCGGUUCAUAUGUUGCCCAAACUCGUGGAGCUACACAUGUUGCCCCAUUGGCUGGACACAUUAACUCAGUGUCGAGUGUGAAUGUUGCUCCAGCACCAGGCACAUGGUAAUGAGAGUUAUCGAUUGAAUCCAAAGUAAAAAAAAAAUGAUGUUUAAAUGAAUCCUGGUCAGAACGCUUUAAUUUACUUCCUCUAUUGUACUCAUCUGCGAUAAAUGUAUCUAUACUUUUCUACAUCUUUCUCUUUAUUCUUUUGUCCUUUCUUUUUUUUCAUUCUUAUUAUCUAUCUUUUUUAUUUUUAUUAUUUUUUCAUCAUAAGUUCAAAUGCCUUAUAGAGGAUUACUUGUUUGUAUGUAAUAAAGAACAUUAAUUAAAUCCAUA